ACUGAAAUCGACAGACUGAUAAUGUAGCAUUUACUCUAAAAAGUCAACUAAAGAAUUAGCGUCGCAAAUAUUCCGGCUAAUGCUGAUGUCCCAGCUUCAGAGACACUUCGCACUCCCAGACUGGUUAUCUGGCUUACGUGCAAACAAAGCGAUGCGUCUCUUAACCUCUAUUAAGCCGGAUUUAACCUGAUCCAGUAAUGAUAUAAAGUGACCUAGCUGGGGAUCUAAGUAACUUUUUUUUGUGUGCACGUGUCAUUGUGGAAUACGACCACUGGACUAGUUUACUUAGAUUUGACAUCACGGCACCCUAUGGUGCUCCGGCAGGCACCGAGACAUGGAUGUUCCCCAGGCCGUUUUCCCAAACGGUGAGGGGCGCCUGAGCCUCCAAGACCAUGUCUGGACGGAGUCCUCCAGCUCGGGGGCUUGGGCUCACUCUGCCCCCGUGUGUCCCCGCUCGCUCUGGACCGCGGUGUUUGACUACGAGGCCAGCGGGGAGGACGAGCUCAGCCUGCGGCGAGGAGACGUGGUGGAGGUCCUGUCUAAGGACGCAGCCAUAUCGGGAGACGAAGGCUGGUGGACUGGGAAGAUCAACCAUCGCGUGGGCAUCUUCCCAUCUAAUUAUGUUACUUACCAACCAGUCAUUUAUAGAGCUGUAGGGGGUCGCAAGAGUGACCCGUCCGCCCCUGUCCGGAUACCGUUCUCUGAACUUGUUCUACAAGAAAUCAUCGGCGUCGGUGGGUUUGGCAAAGUCUACCGGGGGACCUGGAAGGACCAGGAGGUCGCAGUGAAGGCAGCUCGACAGGACCCCGACGAGGACAUUAAAGCGACUGCAGACAGUGUUAAACAAGAAGCUAAACUUUUCUCGAUGCUUCAACAUCCUAAUAUUAUUAAACUAGAAGGGGUGUGCUUGGAGGAACCUAACCUGUGUCUGGUCAUGGAGUAUGCCCGAGGAGGGACUCUGAACCGCGCUUUGACGGGCAGAAGGAUCCCCCCUCAUAUCCUCGUGAACUGGGCCGUCCAGAUCGCCAGAGGCAUGCAGUAUCUCCAUGAGGAGACCGUGGUUCCCAUUAUUCACCGAGACCUCAAAUCCAGCAACAUUUUAUUACUUGAAACAAUUGAGAAUGAUGACAUUGGUCGAAAAACCCUGAAGAUCACUGACUUUGGCCUGGCCCGUGAGUGGCACAAAACAACCAAAAUGAGUGCAGCUGGCACUUAUUCCUGGAUGGCUCCUGAGGUCAUCAAGUGCUCUCUGUUUUCCAAAGGGAGUGAUGUCUGGAGCUAUGGAGUCCUCCUUUGGGAAUUACUGACUGGAGAGGUUCCUUACCGUGGCAUUGACGGUUUGGCAGUUGCCUAUGGAGUGGCUGUUAACAAAUUAACCCUUCCCAUUCCAUCUACCUGUCCCGAGCCAUUUGCCAGGCUCAUGGAGGAAUGCUGGGACCAGGAUCCGCACAUCCGUCCGUCCUUUGCUUCCAUCUUGGAGCAGCUGACUGCCAUCGAGGAGGCUGUGAUGGCCACCAUGCCGCAGGACUCCUUCCACUCAAUGCAGGAGGACUGGAGAGUGGAGAUUCAAGAAAUGUUUGAUGAGCUACGCACUAAAGAAAAGGAGCUUCGUUCACGUGAGGAGGAGCUGACGCGAGCAGCCCUUCAGCAGAAGUCUCAAGAAGAGCUGUUGAAGAGGAGGGAACAGCAGCUGGCCGAGCGGGAAAUUAAUGUGCUUGAGCGCGAGCUCAACAUCCUCAUAUUCCAACUCAACAAGGACAAGCCCAAUGUUAAAAAACGAAAGGGCAAGUUCAAACGCAGUCGCCUCAAGCUCAAAGAUGGCAACCGCAUCAGCUUACCCUCAGAUUUUCAGCAUAAAAUCACAGUUCAGGCUUCUCCGACUAUGGACAAGAGAAGAAGCCUCAACAGCACCAACUCCAGCCCUCCCAGCAGCCCUACACUGAUCCCUCGCCUCAGAGCCAUUCAGUUGAGCCACCCAAGUGACACUAGCCGAAGGGGCAGUAUGUUUGUGUAUCACCAGGAUGUGGAUAUCACAAGCGAGUGUAAACCUCCUAGUGGGUUUAGGAAGAAAGUGACCUUGGAUGAGAGCAACAGGACAUGGGGUCGAAGCACCAAUUACAAACCCGAGGAGUUUGAAGAUGUUAAGAAAGGGUUUAAGAAGAAGGGCCGCACUUGGGGACCAAGCUCUGUGCAGACCAAGGAAAGAGGAAAUUGUGCUGAAAGAGUUCGACCUCUUUCAGAUGGAAGCAGUCCUUGGUCCACUAGUCUUAUGAAGGCCCAGAAAUCUGUUCCUUUGGCUGCAUUAUUUGCAGAGCAGGGAACCAAUAAAGGUGAAGUAUGCUCUGCUGAUGGAUCUGACAACAAACCAAAGCAACUGAAGUUCCCCAACCAGGUAUAUAUUGAUCUACCUCUGUGGAAAGAUGAACAGGGUGAGAGCCAGGGGCCGGCUGGUGGAGGUGAGAGCCAGGAAGACCCAACAACAUCCACCAGUUCCACUAGCACCACACCGCAGCACACACCCACCAACAGCCUGAAGCGCACCACCACACGCCGGCGCACAGACACUGUUCUCUAUGGCUGUGCCUCCAUCCUGGCAUCUGUCGCCCUCGGCUUCGACCUGCGGGAGGUUUGUAAGAGUGCUGCUACUGAGGAAUCAGAGCUACGUGAGGAGAAGAAAAAACGAGAGGGCCUGUUUCAACGGGCCACCCGCUUCCGCCGCAGCACCAGCCCCCCCGGUGGCCGCACCCACAAGGAUGAGGUUACCGCAGGACCCGUAAACCUACUCGCCAUGUCAUCGAUUUCUGAGUGCAACUCCACCAAGUGCCUCCUGCAGUCAGAUUUUGAGGGGUCUGGGUAUAACCCAAUGAACGAGACUCCAGCUAGCAAUUCCCAGACACAUCAGCAUACAGACACUAGUGAUGUUCUUCCCUCAGCCCCUGUACAAGAUCAUACUUCUGGAUCCAACUCUCGACUUAGGAGAAAGAAGUCAAGCCCUGCUGUGUGUCAGACCAGUGAGUGAUCUUUUAAAAUUCUA